CCUCCUUAUGGCAUACUUUCGCAUACAUGGGGACUGGAUACUGAGGAAUUUACCUUCGAGGAUAUGAUAAAUGGCACGGGCGAGAAGAAGCCUGGAUACGAGAAGAUCCGGUUCUGUGGAGAACAGGCGAGACAGGAUGGCCUGCAAUACAUUUGGGUCGACAACUGCUGCAUCAAUAAGAAGGAUUUCCCCGAACUCGUGAAUGCUAUCAACUCGAUGUAUCUCUGGUACCAUAACGCGACUCGAUGCUACGUGUACUUGUCCGAUGUUUCAACAAAGAAGAAGGAA